AUGACUCUAGCUCAACAGAACAACAGCAUUUGUUUUGAGAACUGCUUUUAUUUGGUCAUACGCAAGAUUGCUAACGUUCAAAAGAUGAUGGUCAAACGCCUAGUGUCACAAGUACCAUAUUUGGGAAGUUAUGCUUAUCUAGGUUGCUGUAGGAACGUUGCAAUGUUUGGUUCUGGUCUAGAUUAUGGGCUUCUUAUCCAAAAUAGCAAUGCAGUUCCCGAAACAAAUGCAGCAUCGUUUAUCAAUGACUUAGCUUAUCUACUGUUAUUCAUUUGUUUUUUCAACCACAACUCAAGUUACUAA